UAUAUAUUAGGGCACUUGGGCAGUGCAGGGAGCAACGUGUCUGUGUUUGAGAGGACCAGAGUUAAUCUCUCCUUGUGGUACAGAGAGAUGAGUGAUAACUCAGAGAGAGAAGGCUUCAAUAAGUACAGCUUCAACAACACAGGCGCUUUUCAUCAUCAUCAAGACGGGGAAGUCAUCAAGGAGCAAGAUCGCUUGCUUCCGAUAGCUAAUGUGGGGAGGAUCAUGAAGCAAAUUCUGCCUCCGAACGCCAAAAUAUCCAAAGAAGCCAAGGAAACCAUGCAGGAAUGUGUUUCCGAGUUCAUAAGCUUCGUCACCGGGGAGGCCUCUGACAAGUGUCACAAGGAGAAGCGCAAGACGGUGAAUGGCGAUGAUAUUUGCUGGGCCCUCGCUACUCUAGGGUUUGAUGACUACGCCGAGCCGCUCAAGAGGUAUUUGCUUAAGUUCAGGGAAUCUGAGGGGGAGAGAUCUAACCAAAAUAAGGGUUACGAUCUUCAUACCCAUGAAACUAAUACUGCUGCUGACCAGUCAUAUGAAUAUGAAGGCGAGCCUCCUAGGGGAGCUCCGUCUGGUAUGAAGUUCAAUGGCACCUCUCAUCAGUCACGCCAGUUUUCAAACUCUACUAGCUACCUUUCUUAAUAACUUCCCUAAUUUUGAUCAGAUAUAUUCAUAUUACUUAGAUAUAUGCCGGUAUAAUUAAUUGGUGCAUACAAAUGAAGAUGGCGCAAAUAUAUAUUUAUUCAGGUGUAGUGGUGCUUUGUUUAAUUUAUCAGGGUUAAAUUAUUGCUGGGUAUGACUCUAUAUUACAGAUACUAGCUAGCUGAGGAUUAUGCGGGUUUUAUAUAUAUGUAUAUAUAUGGCUAGCUAAUCUUUGUACUUUUCUUGUUCAAUGAUAAGCUUUAAUUUACUAUCAGAA